GGCAGGGAUGCUAAUAUGCUAAUUUAGGGUGCCCUAACUGGUUUUUACAGUCAAAUCCUGUUGAAAUACAAUUGCUUUUUCUUUAUUUGAGUUGAAGAAUUUUAAACAUGAAUGGAUGACUUAAAAUAGCAUUAAUACCUAGGCUACAGUUGGCAUGCUUUCUGUCACCUUACAGAACGCCUGUCACAAAAUCACAAAACAAGGUUUAGGAAGUCGGAGUCACGGGAAGAACAAGAAGAACCAAAAAUCAAGAAUACAGGAAGGCAUGCGCAGAUCAUGACGGAAGAAAAUGGCGAAGUUCAGUGUACCCUCCAGCUCACUAGAUGGCGCUUAGCGUUGUGGCUGAUGUUGUUUUGCAAUGACGCAGUAUAUGUGCGACAACCCUUUUGCAAAAAGUAGCUUUUUGAAAACAUACCCUGUUGUUUCGAGAAAAACAACAACAUUCCCCUUUUUUCAACUGAACUAUUGUUGUUAUAGGUGAUGGAUGAAGAAUAUUAUGGAAACCAAGGCGACUGGGACGGGAAUAUGGUAGGUGGAAGAGUGAAAAGCGACAGGCGAUGUCAGGAGGAUGGAUACGGAGAGGGUACGGAGAAUGAUGACAAAGUGCAGCAGGAGUGUCUGCAGAAAUUCUCAAGUCGCGAUUACAUCAUGGAACCUGCGGUCUUCAACACACUAAAGACGUACUUCCAGGCGGGUGGGUCUCCAGAACAUGUGAUCGCGCUGCUGUCAGAGAACUACUCAGCUGUGGCACAGACAGUCAACCUGCUGGCAGAGUGGCUCAUUCAGAUGGGUGUGGAACCAGCACAGGUGCAGGAGCGAGUGGAGAACCAUCUGAAGAGCCUCCUGAUCAAACACUUUGAUCCCCAGAAAGCAGACUCCAUCUUUACAGUAGAGGGAGAGACCCCUGCGUGGCUGGAGCAGAUGAUCGCUCACACCACCUGGAGAGAUCUCUUCUACAAACUGGCUGAGGCCCAUCCAGACUGUCUGAUGCUCAACUUCACAGUGAAGUUGAUCUCCGACGCAGGCUACCAGGGCGAGAUCACGAGCGUGUCGACGGCGUGCCAACAGCUGGAGGUCUUCUCCCGUGUGCUGCGGACCUCGCUGGCCACGCUGCUGGACGGGGGGGAGGACCACCUGGAGAAGAACCUGCCAGAGUUUGCUAAGAUGGUUUGCCAUGGGGAGCACACGUAUCUGUUUGCCCAGGCCAUAAUGUCCAUCUUGGCUCAAGAGGAGCAGGGCGGCUCUUCCAUGAGACGCAUCGGACAGGAGGUGCAGAAAUCCGCACAUCAGAGGGGCCAUGAUGCCAGUCAGAUCACGCUGGCGCUGGGCACGGCGGCGGUGUACCCGCGGGCAUGCCAGGCGCUGGGAGCCAUGCUGUCGAAAGGAGCGCUGAACCCGGCCGACAUCACCGUCCUCUUCAAGAUGUUCAGCAGCAUGGACCCUCCUCCUGUGGAGCUGAUCCGGGUGCCUGCGUUCCUGGACCUGUUCAUGCAGUCGCUGUUCAAACCCGGCUCCAAGAUCAACCAGGACCACAAGCACAAGUACAUCCACAUUCUGGCGUACGCAGCCAGCGUCGUGGAGACCUGGAGGAAGAAUAAGCGUGUGAACAUCAAUAAGGAUGAGUUGAAGUCCACGUCGAAGGCGGUGGAGACGGUCCAUAACCUGUGCUGCAACGAGAACAAGGGAGCCACUGAGCUAGUGGCAGAACUCAGCACCCUCUACCAGUGCAUACGGUUCCCGGUGGUUGCCAUGGGUGUACUUAAGUGGGUGGACUGGACCGUCUCUGAGCCGCGUUACUUCCAACUGCAGACUGACCACACACCUGUUCAUCUAGCAUUACUGGAUGAGAUCAGCACGUGUCACCAGCUUCUUCACCCUCAGGUCCUUCAGCUGCUCAUUAAAUUGUUUGAGACGGAACACUCACAGCUAGACGUCAUGGAGCAGCUGGAACUGAAGAAGACUCUGCUGGACAGGAUGGUUCAUCUGCUGAGUCGAGGCUACGUGCUGCCAGUGGUCGGUUACAUCCGCAAGUGUCUGGAGAAACUCAACACAGACAUCUCCCUUAUCAGAUACUUUAUCACUGAGGUUCUGGACGUAAUCGCUCCUCCGUACACGUCUGACUUCGUGCAGCUUUUCCUGCCCAUCCUGGAGAAUGACAGCAUCGCCGGAACCAUCCGCACGGAGGGAGAGAGCGACCCUGUGGCAGAGUUCAUCGCUCACUGCAAGUCAAACUUCAUCAUGAUCAACUGAGGCUCCUCUUUGGAUGGGGAUGAGUGGUUCAUUGCUGGGAGGCCCAAUGAGAAGUGAGCUGGCUGUGAUGUCAGAUGGAGGCCAACCUAUAGGAUUGUGCCAGUUUUGAGGCAGUGGGGCACCAGCGAACACCUAGCCUUACUGAACACACACGCAGCUGUGAGAUACUUCAGGUGUGUGUGCGUGUGUGUGUGUGUGUGUGUGUGUGUGUGUCUUCAGCUUAAGGCUGGGGUGUGUGUGUGGUUUGUAGAGAGGGUCCCAUAAGGUGUGUGUUUUUUUUUUUAUGUAACUCUUUUUGUAUUCCUGUUCUGACAGCUGAAUAAAGGUGGUGUCUAAGAGUCUGAAA